AGAUUAGAAGAGAUGUGGGAGGCGAGGUAGUUGAUGCAACUCAGUUUAAACAAAUGGUGGGAAGUCUAAUGCAUCUCAUAGCUACGUGACCUGACCUCAUGUUUGUUGUGAGCUUCAUUAGUCGUUUCAUGGCUAGUCCUACAAAGAUCCACUUUGCUGCAAUCAAAAGGGUGCUAAGGUAUUUAAAGGGGACUGUUAAUUAUGGUAUUUUUUACAGAAGAGGUGGAGAAAGCAGGCUGGUCGGAUUUACAGACAGUGACUAUGCUGGUGACAUGGAUGAUAGCAAAAGCACUUCCAGUUAUGCGUUUCUGCUAAGUGGAGGAGCUGUGGCAUGGUCUUCUCGUAAGCAACCCAUUGUUACCUUGUCAACCACAAAAGCUGAGUUUAUAGCUGCAGCUGCCUAUGCUUGUCAAGCCAUUUGGAUGAGAAGAAUACUGAAAGAAAUUGGCCAUUCACAGGAAGCAGAGACUGUUUUGAUGUGUGAUAAUGCUUCAACAAUCAAGUUGUCUAGAAAUCCUAUUUUACAUGGGCGUUCCAAACACAUAAGAGUAAGGUUCCACUUUCUCAGAGAUUUAGUUAAAGAAGGUGUUGGUGAGUUACAGUUUUGUGGCACCAAAGACCAACUUAUAGAUUUGAUGACCAAACCACUCAAGUUAGAAGCAUUAUAGAAGCUACGUCAAGAACUUGGUGUUUGCACAGACUCAGAUUUGAACUAAUUCUUUUACAAGAGGAAUAAGUUCAAAGGAGGGUUUGUUGGUAGUUUAAAUUAGUCUGGUAGUUUUGAAUUAGUCAAUAAGUGUCCAAUUCUACUGGAGUUAUUUUCUACUAUUUAGAAUAUUUUCGCUACUGCUAUAUUUAGAUUAUUUUGCAAAUCUUUAGUUGUUUUCUGUUUUGAAGUAAUGGCUAUAUAAAGCCCAGCAGUUGCUCAAAUAAAAUAUCACUUUUAAAUCCAA